CGAACCAGCAGACCAGCCAAGCAGCCAGUACCAUCGCAACAUCACUCUUCCUCCCGUGUGCCGCCAAAUUUCACCGCUCGAAAGCUCAAGAAUGGCGGCUGCCUCCAUCAGCUGCUGCAUCGGGCCUCCUGCUCCGCCCAAGGGCGCUGCCACUGCUGCUCGCUGGUCGUCGUCGGGCGUGCCAUCGUCGCUGUGCCGUGCGUUCGCCGCCGCCGCGGCGUGCGCUGCGGUGGGGAUGGCGGACGCCGCCGGCGGCGGCGGCGGCGCCGACAUGGCCCUGGCACUGGCGCGGGACGGCGCGGCCGCCUCGAGGCCCGGCGACGUCGCCGCGGCCGUGGGCACCCCGCGCGCGAAGGCGCGGUGGAGCGACCGCAGGCAGUGCCCCGCGUGGCGCGCCAACUCACUGGAGAACGUCGUGCCGGAGAACCUGCCCCGCGCGUCCACGCGCAGGAGGUUCAGCAGCGUCUCGGUCUCGGCGGCGGCCCUGCAGGCGCCCGCGCCGGACUUGGUGUUGCCUCCUUUCCUGUCGCCGCGCCCCGGCACGGACUGCUUCUCCCUCUGACGAACUCUUUUUUUUUUUCUGGAAACAGAUUACUGCGAACGUUAUUUGCCCCCACUCAUCGAUCAAUAGCUACUAGGGUGAAAUGGGAGCAUGCAUAUAUGCGAUAUACAUAUCGCCAUGUACAUUAUUUUUUAUUUUUGCUGGCAAUAAUUGAUCAGUGUCGAUCCAUAGCCAAUGGAAUACGAAAGCUUCUGUUGAUCUA